GGCGGCCCAGGCGCCAUGGAGGGGGACGCGGCAGGUGGCGGCGGCGGCGGCCCCCCGGGGCCCCCCGAGCCCGAACCCGACGCCGAGGCGGCCGCGCGGGCCCAGGCCGAGUUCGCGGCGCUGUACGGGCCGGCGCUGCGGGCGUCCGGCGUCCCCGAGCGCUACUGGGCGCGCCUCCUGCACAAGCUGCAGCACGAGGUCCUGGACGCCGGGGAGAUGUUUGGGAUCAUGCAGGUGCAGGAAGCGGAGGAGGAGGAGGCCGGGGACGCCGGGGGCACCGCGCGGCAACGGCCCAGCCCGGGCUCCGAGGUCUGCUACAAGGUCAUCGUCACCCACGAGGACGGGCUCCGCGCCGAUGACCCCAACAGCAUCUUCCUCAUUGACCACGCCUGGACCUGCCGCCUGGACCACGCCCGGCGGCAGCUCCAACAGAUGCCGGGGCUGCUGCAGCGUAUGGCCAGCCUGAUGGGCAUCGCCUUCCACGGCGAGCUGCCCCGCGCCCACGUUGUGGACCAGGUGCUCGAGGAGAUGUGGAAAUACAACCAGACCUACCAGCUGGCCCACGGGACGGCCGAGGAGAAGGUGCCGGUGUGGUACAUCAUGGACGAGUUCGGGUCUCGCAUCCAGCACUCGGACACCCCCAGCUUCGGCCUGGCCCCGUUCUUCUACACCCCCCAGGAGGCGGCCUACAGCCUGCUCUGGCCCCUGCGGGACCUGGCCACCGGCGAGGAGGUGACGCGGGACUUCGCCUACGGCGAGACCGACCCCCUGAUCCGGAAGUGCAUGCUCCUGCCGUGGUUCCCUGCUGACCUGCAGGACAUCAGCUGCCACACGCCGGAGCCGCCCGACCAGCACUACCAGGCAAUCCUGCAGGAGAGCAAGGAGACGCUGCCGGUGCUCAUCGAGACACCCACGUAUUCCCGCGAGCACAUCUUCAAGGUGCACACGGACGUGCUGCAGGUGUAUCAGAACCUCACGCACCCGCGCUUCGUCUUCACCUCGCGGGAGGCCGAGGCCGACAUCCUGCACCACUUCUCCCACUUCAAGGACUACAGGAGUUUCAGCCGGGAGCGGCCGCACGUGAUGCUGAACCAGUUUCCCUGCGAGAGUCUGCUCACGGUCAAGGACUGCCUGGCGGCCGUGGCCCGGCGCGUGGCGGGCCCCGAGGGUCCGGCCUGGCUCCCCCGAACCUUCAACCUGCGCACGGAGCUGCCCCAGUUCGUCAGCUACUUCCAGCAGCGGGAGAAGCGGGGAGAAGACAACCACUGGAUCUGCAAGCCCUGGAACCUGGCGCGCAGCCUGGACACGCACAUCACCAGGAACCUUCACAGCGUCAUCCGGCACCGCGAGAGCACCCCCAAGGUGGUGUGCAAGUACAUCGAGGACCCGGUGCUGUUCCUGCGCGAGGACGUGGGCCGCGUCAAGUUCGACCUCCGCUACGUGGUGCUGCUACGCUCCGUCGACCCGCUGAGGCUCUUCGUCUACGACGUCUUCUGGCUGCGCUUCUCCAACCGGCCCUUCUCGCUCGACGAGCUGGACGACUACGAGAAGCACUUCACCGUCAUGAACUACAAGCCGGACGCGCCCCUGAAGCAGGUCCACUGCCAACAGUUCGUGCCCGAGUUCGAGAAGCAGUACCCCGACUUCCGCUGGAAAAAGGUUCAGGAGUCCAUCUUCCAGACCUUCAUCGAGCUCCUGCAGGCCGCCAGCUCCCGGCCGCCGCCCCUGGGCCUGUGCGGGUAUCCCUCUUCCCGUGCCGUGUACGCCAUCGACCUCAUGCUGAAGUGGGACCGCCGCCCCGAUGGGACGCGGACGAUGCAGCCGCAGAUCCUGGAGGUGAACUUCAACCCCGACUGCGAGCGCGCCUGCCAGUUCCACCCCACCUUCUUCAACGACGUCUUCAGCACCCUCUACCUGGACGACUUCGAGUGCUGCAACGUCACCCGGCUCACCUAGGGCCCGCCCGGGCCCCCCGCCCGCAGAGCCGCUCCGAC